CUUUCCUCUGUGUGUAUGUAUGUAUAUAUAUCAUAUAUAUGUAUAUAUAAUUAAGAAUGACGAUAGGACCUGCUAUUUCAAAUACAUAGUUUCUGGUGAGGAGUUUCCUCUAUUUAUGCACAUAAACACCUCUUCCAUAACUUAAAGUAUUAGAGAGUUGCCUAGUACACUGAGAAGUGAUUUAUCCAGGGUUACACAACCAAUAUGUUAGCGAUUCUACUUGAAUACAGCUAAUUCUCUAAACAUUGCACCAGGGUUUUCUAAUCUGUCCCUUGGCUUUCAGUAGUUUUCUCUAUACCCUCUAUUCAAUGUGAGAAUAAAUUCUCAAAUUCACCAUGACUAUGCAUGUAAAAAACAAAAGAUUUAUUUCAAUAGAAAAAUAACAUUUUUUAUUAAAUAUUUCCUGUGUUCCUUUGAUAAGUUCACACCCCAGUUUGGGAACAUCUGUAUUUUAAUUAUAAUUAACUUGUAAAACAUAGUAAUUAAUUAUAUAUAGUACCUUAGAUGAUGCAUCGUUGUAUGUAGAAAUUCCUGUAACAUAGCACUAACAGCAGACUAGAAUUGCCUUCCAAUUCCUUUUUUUAGCUCUCCAACUUCUGAACUUUGUCCCUGAUCAAUAGCACAAUGCAGCAUUGGUAUGUGCAGUUGAAAACAGCUCUGCAAUUUUAUCUCAUGUGAUACAAAUUGGCAAAGUGGAUAAAGGGGGAAGUCACGAGCAUUGCAGGGAUUAUGAAAAGACAGGCACGCUAAUAAAGGCAAUGUUUGGAGUUGUCAAUUGCUCUGGAAGACAUUUUGGAAUUAUGUGAGAAAAGUGACUAAACAUUUCCUAUUUCCUUGACUCAGCAAUCCUACUAUUGGGCAUAUAUCCCCAAAGAGAUAAGAACCCAGAAAGAAGAAUCCUAUACCAAAAUAUUCACAAUAACCAUUCUGGUAGCAAGGAAUGGGAAACAAAGUGGGUGCCCAUCAACUGAGGAAGCGCCGCCAGAGGAACUGGGUUAACAGCUGUUUCAGCAAAUCAUGGGAGAGAUUAAAGUCUCUCCUGAUUAUAACUGGUUCAGGAGUACAGUUCCCCUUAAAAAGAUUAUAGUAGAUGAUGAUGAUAGUAAAGUGUGGUCACUCUAUGAUGCAGGCCCCAGAAGUAUCAGAUGUCCCCUCAUAUUUCUUCCCCCUGUAAGUGGAACUGCAGAUGUGUUUUUCCGGCAGAUUUUGGCAUUGACUGGAUGGGGUUACAGAGUUAUAGCACUGCAGUAUCCUGUUUAUUGGGACCAUCUUGAGUUUUGUGAUGGAUUCCGAAAACUAUUAGACCAUCUACAACUUGAUAAAGUUCAUCUUUUUGGGGCUUCUUUGGGAGGCUUUUUGGCGCAGAAGUUUGCUGAAUACACUCACAAAUCUCCCAGAGUUCAUUCCCUUAUCCUCUGUAAUUCCUUCAGUGAUACCUCCAUCUUUAACCAGACCUGGACUGCAAACAGCUUUUGGUUAAUGCCAGCAUUUAUGCUCAAGAAAAUAGUACUUGGAAACUUUUCAUCUGGUCCUGUGGAUCCUGUCAUGGCAGAUGCCAUUGAUUUCAUGGUUGACAGGCUAGAAAGUUUGGGUCAAAGUGAGUUGGCUUCUAGACUUACUUUGAACUGUCAGAAUUCUUAUGUGGAACCUCAUAAAAUUCGGGACAUUCCUGUAACUAUUAUGGACGUAUUUGAUCAGAGUGCCCUUUCAACUGAAGCUAAAGAAGAAAUGUAUAAAUUAUACCCUAAUGCUAGAAGAGCACAUCUUAAAACUGGAGGCAAUUUUCCUUACCUUUGCAGAAGUGCUGAGGUGAACCUUUAUGUACAGAUCCACUUAUUGCAGUUUCAUGGAACAAAAUAUGCAGCCAUUGAUCCCUCUAUGGUCAGUGCUGAAGAACUUGAAGUACAAAAAGGAAACCUUAAUAUCAGUGGUCAAGAAGAGCCAUAAGUUGGGCUGUUUGCAGCUUGAUUAUGAAUCAAUCGACCAGCCUUCCGGUACAAUCAGGGCUUUCAAUCUGCCUCUUUGUGUUGGAGUGUUUUUUUUGUUUUUUGUUUUUUUUAAAUCAGCCAGUCAUCACUGGGUUUCUGAAAUAGAACCCAUUCUGUAAAAUUCAUUACUGGUGACAGUGAGCUCCCCAAGCCAGUGUAACUGCAUUUUUUUUUUUUUGUUUGACUUUUAGCUUUUGAAUUUAAAGGAAUAUCUUUGAAGCCUCUUAUUUUAAGAAUUGUGAAAAAUUUUGCUACCAAAAGUCUUCACCUCUGCAUUUAAGGGAACAUUAAUUUGUGAAGUUUGGGAGUGUUUUUUAAUGCUUUAGCUGUAAAUACUGCAAAUACAGAUUGUGUACUAGAAGCUUAUUGAUUAUUUUUUAUCUAUUUUUGGUUAAAAGUUGUUAAGGUGCCAAGGCUACCAUCCACCUCUUUGCUUUAUUUCUAAUCAAAACAAAUUGUUUGGGCUUUUUUUAGCUGUCAUCUUGUCAGCUACUACAGUCAUUUUGAAUAAAACUUCAGUUUCAAGAA